CUCGGCUGAGCUUCUGACACUGUCGCACCUACCCGGACCGCAGCUCGUUGUCAAAAGGAUCGAGGCUGAUCGCCAUGGCGGGUUACCCCUCCCCUCCGCCGCCGGCCCAAGCCCCUCCUGCUGCUCCUGCCCCGGGACCUGCACCAGCAAUUCACCGUCCAACGGCAGCAGCAGCAAUCCCCGAUAGAGCAACGGAAGCCGCGCCUGCUAGCAGCUCUGCGGAGGGAUACGCCUACCCGUACCCCCCUCCUUUCCCUGGCCCUCCGUUUGGGCAUGGCCCCUGGGGAGAGCACCGCGGGCCGUGGCACGGGCGGCACCACAAGCACCACAUGGGCCAUGGCCAUCACGGCCACCAUGGCCGGCCCCCGCGUCCCGACUUUGACAUGUCGGGUUACUCAAUGUACUGGGAGCCCCCACCCGGUUGGCAUUCACACCCUGGCCCCCCACCCCCCUUCCACCCUCCCCGCCCGCCCCACCCUUAUGCUGCUGCCGCAUUCCAUCAUCCUCCGUGGGGCUCUCCUGCCACCUCCGUUCCUGGCCCAUCUGGCCGCACUGCCGAAAGCACAGACCCCACGGAAGCGAGCACUGCAGGGGAGCAGUCCAGCGUUGGAGCACCUCCCGACGCAGGCAGGCAUGCCUCACACUUCCGCCCCUUGAAGCCCAGGAAGGGGCACUCCUCCACUCCAGCAGAUUCCAGCUCGCUCGCCCGCACCCCUUCCCUGGUGGCAGAGAUUGUGUCGCGUGUCACGCAGAGUUUGCUGGCCAGCGCGGGGGCCAAUGCAGCCAAGCAGGGGGCAGACCAGGACGCCGCCGCAGCAUCGGGUGGGGCGUCUGUUGCCCGAGGCGCAGUGCUGCCCAUCCCGGAGGAGCUGCUGCAGUCAAUUCACCAGCUGCAGGAAGGCCUGCGUGCGCGGGGGGCCCCCUCCGGUCCUGAGAGCGAAGCCGCCAAGCUGCUGGCUCAGCAGAAGCGGCGGCUGCGCAAGGGCAAGCUGGGGAAAGCCCCCUCGCUGCACAAGCGAACCCUCUCCCAGUUGACACCCGACGGGCCUGCCGCUUCCAGGGACACCGCAGGGCAGAGCACGCAGGAGGCUGCCCCGUCAGCAGGUCCCCCCUCGGAGGCCCCCGAGACAGGGAGUGCCACACCUGCCGCGUCGGCGCCGUCCGUCGCCCCAGCCCCAGCUUUCAGCGCACCGCCUCCUGUGAAUCUGCUCCCUCGGGUGCCCCUCGGCACAUCCGUUGCAUCCUCCGACCGCAGGCUGGUGCCCCUUGCGCCUGCCCCCAGUGGGGCUGCCAGCCAGAGCACGGGGCCGUUGGGAGGGGGGGGCUCCGCGCUGGUGGUGGACCUGCGGCCCAAGAAGAAGCGCGGGCCGCCGGCCAGGCAGCCAAAGGACCCUGCGGAGCGCAAGUCGCUGGGGCGACCGCGCAAGCCGCUGCUGGCGAUGAAGUGCAGCAAGGGGGAGGGGCUGCAGGGGCGCAAGUCGGGCGCCAUCCGCAAGAAGCUGCGCGUCUUUGGCCAGAAGCUGCAGGCACUCGUGGCAGAGCAGCUCUAUGCAACCACCCCCGACAAGAUUGAGCGUGCUCAGAUGGAGGAGGCGUUCACGUUGAUGCUGACGCACAAGGUGUGCGGGGUGCGCUCGUCCGCGGUCAUGCAGCUGCUGGACGGCAGCGUCUUCUCCAGGGACCGCAUCGACAUCCCCGUCGAGGAAGCGCCCCCCAGCAAGAAGCAGAAGAAGGGCUUGAAAGGGAGGAAGGCCACAGAAAGGAGCGACUCCCUUCGGACGGCAGCAGUGGAAGAGCAGGCCGGCAGCCAGGGGGGAGCGGGGUUCGAGGCGAUGGAGAUGUCACAGGAUGGCCAACAGGAGGCUGCGGGCUAAAGGUGUGUCCAAAAAGCGCAACAGGGUGGGGCAGAACGACCUGUCUCCCUCCCUCCAAAUAUUUUGCACUAUGUAUGAGAUAUAUCAGCAGGCGGCAAGGACAAAACCCAAUAUGGACUGUGAGAAUUCUAGCGCAGGCCACGUUUAAACUAUAGCGCAUUCUGUCGAGAUAAGCAACUCGCUACUGUAGCUGGCUCCUGACUUGUAUCAUUGUAGGGAUGUCUACUGACAGAAUCACAGCCUUGACCUAGACCCUUGCAUCAAUCUGUGCCUUUACAAUGAACGUGGAACUUUGGAUAAGACGAUGUCGAUCAAGAUUUUACGACGCUGCACGUGCGGGAUGACUUAGUACACAGGUCAUGCAGAUGGUCACUUGCAGAUGAUUCCAAGCGUUCAAUGUACAUCGAACCACCUUCUUCUGCCCGGCCUUUGUGAGGAACAAAUUGUUUUAGGGCCACCGCCUCAAACAUCGAAUUGGUCGGAGUUGAAAGCGC